CUGAAUACUGAGCCUUUCAAGAUGAUUGUGCUCAACACGCUUAGACUCCUCCUUCUUUUUGGACUAAUGCUUUAUUUGGAAGAGAGAGUUCAAAUGGCAGAGGUGGAGCAGCCCUCUAUUACCUUCCUGGCUGAUAGCCCCACUUUGCCACCUACUACAACCCCUGUCAUGCCACUUGUUGAGAAGCUGCUAGAAGAAGCCCCUAGAAAGGAACAGAGAAAACCAUACCUUCAAGGUCCUCCCCUGCAGUUCAUGCUGGAGUUGUACCAGCGUUCAGCUGACUCAGAUGGGCACCCUAGGGAAAACCGCACAAUUGGAGCCACUAUGGUGAGGCUGGUGAUGCCCUCAACCGAUGUAUCAAGGCAUCUUAGAGGUUCCUGGCAUAUAUGGACCCUGAACUUUCUUCUAGGACGUAACUGGGUAGCUUACCAACUAGUGAGAGCCACUGUGGUUUACCGCCAUCAGCUCUACCUAGCGCACAUCAGCCUCUCCUGCCACGUGGAGCCAUGGGUCCCAAAAAGCCCAAAGAACUAUUCUUCAGGAAGAGGUCCCUCAAAGCUGUCCCUGAUGUCUCAAACCUGGACAGAGAUGGAUAUCACCCAACACAUUCAGCAGAGGCUCUGGAAUCGCAAAGAACAGAGGGUUCUACGACUGUGUUUUAUGUGUCAGCCCCAAAACAUUAGUGAGGUUCUUGAGUUCCCCUGGCAUGACACUUUAUCCAUGGAUGUUGCCUUCUUGCUACUUUAUCUCAAUGACACUCACAAAACUGCUCAGAAGGCUGAACUUCUUCCUAGUGGCCUGGAGGAGCUUCUAGAAGGGGAAUCUUCUCUUGCCUCAAGGAGGAAGUCUCGACAAAUACACAGUGUAGAGCCUGAGGUUACUGCCCCCUCCUGGGAACAUGAUGAAUCGGAAAAGAACCAGUGUUCCCUCCACCCUUACACAGUCAGCUUCCGUCAGCUGGGCUGGGAUCACUGGAUCAUUGCCCCCCACCACUAUACCCCGAAUUACUGUAAGGGAACUUGUCCUCGAGUACUACACUACAGUCUCAAUUCCCCCAAUCAUGCCAUUAUUCAGAAUCUUGUUAAUGAGCUAGUGAACCAGAGCAUCCCUCAGCCUUCCUGUGUCCCUUAUAAGUAUGUUCCCAUGAGUAUUCUUCUCAUGGAGGCAAAUGGGAGUAUUUUGUACAAAGAACAUGAGGGUAUGGUUGCACAAUCCUGCACAUGUAGGUGA